UAUGAAUUCCCAGCCCUGUGCCUUUUGAUCUGAUAACGAGUUAUCUGAUCUUUGGCUUUGCCAAAAUCAACUGAUCCUUGGAUUGACCCACCAAACGGAGCGACACAAACACAGCCUAGUGCACCACUAGCGUCGUACCUAUCGAUACCGGCUCAGAUUAUUUUCGCUGGGGCGCGUUCGAGACUUUGGGGUCGCGAAUGUGGAUGCAACACCACCGAACAUCACCAAUACUACGCCCAACAUGUCUGAAGUAGCAACAGAGGCGACCGCUGCGCCGGCUACGGCUGCCGUCAAGGGAAUGAAGAAGAACGGCAAGCAGUGGCACGACAACAAGAGAGCCUUUCGGCCCCGCGCGAACCAGACCUCAUGGGAUAAACGUACAGCGGAUAGGAAAGCACUAGCUGCUGUCAAAUCCAAGGAGAAGGAGUUGAAGGACGAGAAAGCGGCUACAAAGCAGGCGCAGGUUGACCGGAUCCGGGAAAAGCGCGCCGCGAAGGAGGAGCGAGAGCGGUUCCAGAAGAUGGAGGAGAAGAUGCACAAGAAGCGCGUCGAGCGCCUGAAGAGGAGAGAGAAGCGCAAUGCCAUGUUGAAGUCGUGAGGUGUUGUUGCAAGAUGCGCGCAGACACAACAGACUUUCUGCGAUCUUGGAUGGGGUGGAUCAAGUGGACGCGAAGGCGCUGCCUAUUUUGCUACCUUCAGCACGGAGAAGCGCCAAAAUAAGAGGAUGCAGCGAUACUAGGAGCAGGGCCAUUGGGAGUCUGCCCGGGCGCGUUGAGCAUGCAUUGUGUACGGCGUUCUAGGGAUUCAUUUGCACAGAGGGGCCACAUCAGAAACGCCACGCUGGCGCGUCACAGCACAGCGUUAUGCAGUGCUUGCGAAUACUAUGUAUACACGAUAACUGAGGCGGUAACGGUGCGUCUGCGAGGCCCUGUUGCGGACGUGCUUCAAUAUGCCAGUGCGUUUGGUGAGCCACGUCGUUGUCACUCCUGCGCUCGCUUGGCGCAAGCUCAGGGUUCAGUGACGCAGCCGCGGCUCCUCCGUGCCUCAUGCUCC